AUGAAAUUAAUAUUUUUAUUAGUUUUAAUAAUAUCAUUAUUUAAUAAUGUUAACAGUUUAAAAAUCAGUAAAAAUGAAAAUAAUUAUAGCUUUAAUUCGGUUAGGGUAUCAAGUCAAAUUAAAUGUGAAGUUUGUAGUUAUGUAGUUAAUUAUAUUGAAAAUGUUAUAGAAUCAAGUCGUGGAGAAUUAGUUAUCACUGAUGGAUUGGAGGAUUUAUGUAGUACAGUACCAAAAGAAUUAAGAUCAAUAUGCGAUAAUUUUGUUUCCAAUAAUGUCGAUAAUAUCAUAGAUUCAAUUAUUAACAAAGAAACACCAGAUUCAAUUUGCCAAGAUAUCGGUUUUUGUUCAUCAGACGACUCAUCAGAUGUACCAACAGAUGCCCCAGAAAAACCAACUACUAUCGAAUCUUCAUCCAGCUCUUCAUCAAUCGAUUGUACUAUUUGUGAAUUCCUUAUUGAACGUAUCGAACUUUAUGUCGAAGGAAAUUCAACCCAAAACCAAAUUGAAUACUAUCUCGAUAAAGAUUGUAAAUUAUUUGGUGGAUAUGCUGGUCAAUGUCAAGUAUAUGUUAAUCAAUACGUUCCAAUGUUUGUAAACUAUAUUGCACAUAACGAACAACCAAAGGUUGCAUGUUCUCAAGUUAACUUAUGUUAA